CUUACCCUCCGUUUCUCGCUUCAGAUGAAAUCCCAGCCUCUGAUUCUCGCUUCCGACGAAGAUUCAUCCUCAUCCUCUCAUUUUGAUGGUGAGUUUCUUCCAAGAACCCUAUGAUGAGCAAGAUAGACUGAGGGAUUGAUUGUAAUAAUUUCUUUAGGUCAGUUUUCCCAACUUGGAAACAUUGAUUAUUUUCUACUUUGGAAAACAUGGGAAGAAAUGACAACCAAUCCUCUUCCUCUAAUGAUGAGGAAAAUCUUGCAUCUGCGCAAUGUGGAUCAGGUUUGUGAAACCGGAAAACACUGAAGUUACUUUGAUGCAUCAAAUUGAAGAAUUUAGUAUCAUCUUUGGUAUCUUUCCGUAGUUUGAUAACUUUAGAGGUGCCAAGAUCUCAUGAAUUAGAAAAUUUAGUAACUCAAUAGCUAACAGCAUGGAACAACUCAAAAGAAUGACCAUAAUUGGUUGCAAGAAGAUAGAAGAAGUCAUAGCAUAUGAGGACGAAGAAGUGGAGAAUAAAAUUGAAUUUAAACAACAGAAGUCCCUUAGACUCUAAUGAUUACCAAGCCUCAAGAGUUUCUGCUCAAGGAAUCACUCCAUCAGUUUCCCAUAUAUGAAUGAAUUGGUUGUAAAAGAAUGCCCUAAAUUGGAGAUUUUCUCUGAUGGUGAGACAUACACUUCAGAGCUGGAAAAAAAGCUUAAUGCAGAUGACCUCAAUGCCACCAUAAAAACGCUUAAUGCAGAAAAGAGGGACACUUUGGAGGAGUUAGGGUAUCUCCAUUGGAAUUUAGCUAACCUUUGGGCUCCACUAUCCGCUGAAGGUAUAUGAGUGUCAUCUUCAAUUUGAAAGGCUUUUGAUUCAGAGUGUAUUGAAAUCAUAGCAGGUAUCAUUACAAUGUAGCAGACACUAGACUGCGUCAGCGUGUAGACAAGGGUAAUGAGGAUGGGUUGUUUAUUAGCUGUGUGGCUUCUUCAUGUAAUCUCUGGGCCUUGAUCAUGGAUGCGGGAACUGGUUUCACUUCAGAGGUUUUUGAAUUAUCAGCAUUCUUCCUUCACAAGGACUGGAUUAUGGAACAGUGGGAAAAGAAUUACUACAUCAGUUCAAUAGCUGGUGCUAAUAAUGGGAGUUCAUUGGUUGCUAUGUCAAAAGGAACUCCUUACACCCAGCAGUCCUACAAAAGUGAGUGAGUCAUUUCCUUUCAAGUGGAUAAAUAAGAAGUGCAAAGAGGGCUUUCAUAUAACAUCCGUGACAACUGCAGGAAGUCGCUGGGGUGUGGUAAUGUCCAGGAACCCUGGAUUUUCUGAGCAGGUUGUGGAGCUUGACUUUCUGUACCCAAGUGAAGGAAUACAUCACCGAUGGGAGAGUGGCUACAGAAUAACAUCAAUGGCAGCUAUUGCAGAUCAAGCUGCCAUCAUCCUCGGAAGAAGAGAACUUAAGCAUUAGUUCCAGGAAACCUCAAACUGAAUCUCCCUGCUCAGCUGCAGGAAUUGGGCUAACCUGUUGGAUUCUCAAAUGCAGCUGCAAUGGUGUGUUUUCAGGUUAUGUAUGGUGUCGGUAUGACACGGUUGGGAAGAUGGCACGAAAAAAUUCUUUUGUGCUAAUAGAGGACUGGGAUAUCAGAGGUUCUUCGUCACCCCAGCUGACAUCAUAAGAUUUUUUAAUGUCAUCUCGGAGAUUUUUUUAUGCUGUGUCAAAAGGGAACUUCUCGUGCUGCGUUAGAGGUUUCAUGUUGAGGUGUCCUUGUCUGUUGAAGAGGGGUCGUCUUUCAAUUGACUGGGAUACCACGUGAAAGUCUUUGAUGUGAUGUAUCCAUUGCAUUAAGGUCUUUUUAGGGGAAAACACUAACCAGCAAGGCAAAAUAUACGAAGUAUGCAAGUUAGAGCCUGUUUGGUGCAGCUCCUCGGAGCUUCAGCUUUUGGAUACUAUUCAUGUCUCAUGAAUUUAAAUUUUCUUCUUAAAAAUUUACACUUUUAAAUAUUUUUUUAACCUCAAAAAGCUCUUAAACAGUAAAAGUUUAAAAGUUUCAAAUCUAAAUUUUUCAUAAACUCCCUUUUUACUUAUUUUUCACUCCCUUUUUCACCUUUCUAAAAGUUAAAAUUUUAUUUUUCCUCCAAUAAAAAUUUAAACUUAUC